AUGGUAACUCCACGUAACUAUAACAUGUUGAUGAUUGAAAGCAGGGAAUACAUGAGAAAUAGCAAGCAACUAGCUACAAGAUCAAGCCUUCCUUUGUACCCUCUUAAGAUGGAAAAUCUCAGAGUAACGACCCUUUUUUUUCUUUUCUUUAGCGCCCUUCUCAUUCUUCAGGUGAAUGCAAAGGAUGAUGUUCAAAAUCAACCACAAGAAAAUCCAUCAUCUCUUUCAAAGAUACUCACUGAUACAAUUUCUCUGCUAAAAACAUCGCAAGAAACUUCAUGGGAGAAGAUCAAAACCGUCAUCCAUGAAAUGCGAAAGCAGUUUUCCCCUUCGAGUUUGGAGGGUGUGGGUGAGACAGAAACUGAACUUGGCACUGGUGGUGUCAAAGGAACCAUUAACGAUGCAAUCACCAAGAAUUUGGAGAAGAGCAAAGAGACAGUUGUUGAAUCUGCCAAAUCUGCUGCAAAUGUUGCCAAAGAAGCUGUUCACAACACUGGAGAAAAAGACUCUGAUGCAGAACUUUGA